CCGGCCACAAGUGGAAGGGCUACAAGUUUUGGGCUCGAGCAGUUUUUCGCUGGAAGAGCACCCGCUGGGGCCGCCCAGGCCGGUCAUGGGCGCCGCGCUGCGCCGGGGCACCCGUGAAGACGGUGCGCGAAGCCCGUCGGUCGGCCAGGAGAGCGGUGCUGGCGGCCCGCUGGCGACGCGGCUGCGAGAAGCUGCCGAGGAGGCGGUGCGGUGCAGCGCCGACCGCGUCCGCUUCGUGAACGACUCCGAGGAACGCUUGGACCAGUUCUCGCGGGCGCUGAACCAGGUGAAGAGGAAGCGAUUCAGGGACGAGCGCCAGAUUCUGGAGGCGAUCGACAAGAAGGGCGAGGUGGUCCAUUUUCUGCUGGACUGCGUGCGGAACCAUUUCCCCAGUCGCAGACGCAUUAUCGAGGUCAAGGCGCUCCUCUCCGAGCACAGCCCGGCUUGGUCCAGGGCUUUCGACGACCACCGCCGGGGUUGCCCCACCUGCAAGACCGUCGACCUCACGGUCGCUCAAGCGCCGAGCCCGCCACCGGAGCCGCUGCCGUGGGUGAAGUUGCCAAUCCCCUUCGUUCUGGAGCUGGUUGCUCUGUGCGGCGUGGUGAUCCCGCUUCUUGUGAUCCUGCAGCGCGGCAGCUGCGCCCUGCACUGGCUGCUGUUCUUGCUGGGGAUCCUGCUGAUGUCGCCGUUGACAGCCGUGCUCGUUCUCCGGGUGUCCCGCGGGCGUGCCUGGCUGCUGGCACAUUUCGCCCCUGGGCAGUACGUGCUCGCGAAGGCACGCCACCGGCCGCUGCCCUGUGCCUGGCGUCCGUCGCGGUGGUUCUGCUGGCACGAGUCCGAGGAGGCCCUGGUCGAGACAGAUGCGGCCCGCCCCGCUCCGCGGUCGCUGCACUCCUACGGCUUCUGGAUGACGAGGCCGGCCAAUGAGACGACACCGCAGUCCACCGCCGAGGUCACCGUGCUGCCGGCCGCGGCGCCCGCCGCGGGCCCCCGCGGCUCUGCCUCGGGCCAGCAGGCUGCCCGGAGCGGCGCCCCGCCUGCCCCGGGCGCCGCCCCGGGCGAGGAGGAGCCCGGGCGGGCGCUGGCGGUGUCCUGCCGGGAGCUGCGCCUGGAGCGCGCGCCCGCCGUGCUGCAGGGGUCCGGCGACCUCGCCGGGCUGCCCCGGGAGUGCCGCUUCGACGGCAGCUGCCUGCUGGUCUGGCCCCAGGGCGCCGCGCACCCGCCGCAGCUGCUGGCCAAGGUCGGGGCGUGGAGGCGGGCCCUUUAUAGGUGCUGGUCUCCCUCGCAGCGGUGGGCGCCUGCGCCGCGGCGCUGGCGCUGCUGCUGCCGCCUGGCCUGGACCUCCACUGCGUCCAGCUGCCCACGUCGACGAGGCUGCCCCUGCGCGCCUUCUUCCUGAUGGACGGCUCUGGCUCCGUGGGCACGCCGGGGUGGGAGAGCGAGAAGCACGCCGCCGUGGGCAUCACGCAGGCGUUCCAGGGCGUCUACUCCGGCGGCAGCGGCGCGGGAUCCCUGCACGUCGGGGCCACGGAGUUCGCGAGUCGAAUCAGCAACCUUGUCCACAUGACAGACGACAUAGCCGAGGCGAGCUUGCAGAUCCAAGGGAUGGGCUACUCCGGUGGUGGAACGGUCUAUUCUGAUGCACUGCAGACGUGCCAGGACGAGUUGGACAACUACACGAAGGCUGGCAAGCAGACGUUUGACCUGUGCGUGAUGAUUACAGAUGGUCUGUCGGAGGACGUGCACUCGCGCGCAGAUGUGGCCAGGUACCUGAAGAACAGCACAUCCUUAUUCGGAAUCUUCGUGGGGUCUGACACUUCGGGAUCGUCAACAUUGCAGGACAUCAGUUCGCCCGGUUUCUUCGCGUCCGCAUCUGACUACAACGAGCUGAAACGCAGAGCGGCGGAGAUCGCCGCGCACGUCAAGAAGGCAUCCGACGACCGCGGAGGCAAGGUGGUGGUCGAGGACCCGCUGCCCUGGUGGUUGCCACUGUGCGUCCUGGGUCUCUUGCCGUUCCUCGCAUGGUGGAUCUACCUGCUGCUCCCGAAGCCGCGCCCGACCCGGCCAGCACUCGUGAUACCGCUCGUGCGGCCUGGGACACCGCAGCGAUUGCGGGCCGCGGGCCGCAACGAGGACCGCCCCGGUGCGGGCUGAGCAGCGCCAUCAUCCCAGACAGAUCGUCGUCGUCCUCCUCGUCGUCGUCCUCGUCGUCGUCCUCGCCUCCGCAUCGAGAUCCCCCCCUCUCUCGGCGAGCACCCGGACGCUGCACGGGCACGGACUCUCGGAGGCCGCACGGGCGUCCUGGGGCGGCACCGGAGUCACUGGAGUCCCCCUCCCCACGCCCCUCCGGCGCCGGCCCCGCCGCGCUCCGCGCCGCGCCUCGCGAAGGGGGGCUUCGAGGGGGGCCCAGGCGACGACCCCAGGGGGGGGUCCGCGCGGACCUCCGGAAGCUCACGCUAUUGUGCCGUGGU